ACGUCUGGUACACCUCUAAAACAUUGUUCACACAUAUAUCCUACCAAAAUAAAAACAUUUACUCUUGAAAAACAUCUCAAAUUAUCCGUGAAUAUUUGAAAAUCAUCAUUGGCUGCAAUAAUGGGAGUACCGGCAUUUUUUCGGUGGUUGAGUCGCAAAUAUCCUUCCGUGAUUGUGGAAUGCAUCGAGCAGAAGAAAACAUCGAUUGAUGGGGUUGCCAUUCCAAUAAAUUCAUCAGAUCCAAAUCCAAAUGGAGUCGAGUUCGACAAUUUGUACCUCGAUAUGAACGGUAUAAUUCAUCCAUGUACCCAUCCCGAGGACAAACCAGCCCCAAAAACCGAGGACGAGAUGAUGGAGGCGAUAUUCGAGUGCAUAGAUCGACUAUUCGCAAUAGUUCGACCCCGAAAAAUUCUCUACAUGGCGAUCGAUGGAGUUGCCCCUCGGGCAAAAAUGAAUCAGCAACGAUCACGAAGGUUUAGGGCCUCGAAGGAAACAUCAGAGAAGAUCUUCGAGAUGAAUAGAAUUCGAUCGGAGUUGCAGUCGAAGGGUGCAUACCUACCUCCGGAGAAGCCCAAAGAGGAACAUUUUGACUCCAACUGCAUCACCCCAGGGACUCCAUUUAUGGCGAGACUCUCUGCGUGUCUUCAUUAUUACAUUCAUGAGAGAUUGAAUAAUGAUCCUGGGUGGGAGGGAAUCAAGGUCAUUCUGAGUGAUGCCAAUGUUCCAGGGGAGGGUGAGCACAAGAUCAUGGACUUUAUUCGUCGACAGAGAGCUCAACCUGAUCACGAUCCAAAUACUCAGCAUGUACUGUGUGGAGCUGAUGCUGAUUUGAUCAUGUUGGGGCUUGCCACUCAUGAACCUAAUUUCACAAUUAUAAGGGAGGAGUUCAAACCGAAUAAACCAAGACCCUGCGAUAUCUGUGGACAGUUGGGUCACGAAAUGAAGGAUUGCACCGGAGCUGAGCCGGAUGCCUCAAAGGACGAUGUUGCUUUUGGCAGUGAAUGCCAAUUCAUAUUCGUUCGAUUGAACGUCUUACGAGAAUAUUUAGAACGAGAGCUGCAGAUGCCAAAUCUCCCCUUCAAGUACGACUUCGAGAGGGCUAUCGAUGAUUGGGUAUUCAUGUGUUUCUUUGUGGGAAAUGACUUCCUCCCGCAUUUACCUUCAUUAGAGAUCAGAGAAGGAGCAAUCGAUAGAUUAGUCAAUCUUUACAAGAAGACUGUUUACAAAACUGGUGGAUUUCUCACUGACAGUGGUGAUGUCAAUCUUGACAGGGUGCAGUUGAUACUCUCGGACCUCGGGGACAUGGAGGAUGAAAUAUUCAAGAGGCGACAGCAGAAUGAAUUAGCUUUCAAGCAACGUGAGAAGAACAAGAAGAGGCGACUCGAUGCUAUCAGUAAUUUCAAACCCAAAUGGAUUCCCACUGGCCAGUUUGCACCGAAUGCCAUCGGUGGAGAAGUUAAACCUGUGCAAAAUGCCAGAUAUGAGGCUUAUCAGAUGCGAAUGAUGGGGAGGAAUUUUUCGACUAGUGCUUCUGAGCGCAAGCUUCAGACCACUGAUGCUGGCAGUGCUCUUCAGGCUAUGCUGGUGCCUGAAGGGGCUGAUAGGGGGGUCAAGAGGAAGAGUGAUGCUGCUGAGGAGGAGGAAGAUGAUCAGGCUCACGACGAGGUCAGACUCUGGGAGGAUGGAUUCAAGGAUCGGUAUUAUGAAUCCAAGUUUGACGUUUCCAUCGAUAAUUUGGAGUUUAGGAAUAAUGUUGCUCUUCAGUAUGUUCGAGGCCUCUGCUGGGUUCUGAGGUACUACUAUCAAGGGUGCGCAUCGUGGAAAUGGUAUUUUCCUUAUCACUAUGCACCUUUUGCCAGUGAUUUCAUUAAUAUUGGGGGUCUCUCCACCGAAUUCGAAAGAGACACAGUGCCUUUCCGUCCGUUGGAGCAAUUGAUGGGUGUAUUUCCUGCAGCUAGUAGUCGUCAUGUACCGAAACCGUGGGCCAAAUUAAUGAGUGAUCCUAGAUCAACGAUAAUAGAUUUUUAUCCAGAAGACUUCAAGAUUGAUCUCAAUGGAAAGAAGUUUGCUUGGCAAGGAGUUGCUCUACUGCCAUUUGUCGAUGAGACGAGGUUAUUCAAGGCUCUCGAGCCUUAUUAUGAAGUUCUCACAGAAGCAGAAAAGAAACGUAAUGUGAGGGGUGACGACAGGUUAUACGUUGGACCUGGAAACAGUGGAUACAACUUCAUAAAAGGACUGUACAAUAAUGGAGUAGAUCAAGAUGCUGAGACAGAGAUUUCAAUUGAUGGAAUGAGGGGAACCGUUUUAUUGGCUGAGGAUUGUGUAGGUGAAGGGGCCACUCUACCAUCUCCCAUCAAUGGAGCACCUGUUCGAUAUAAUAAAGUUUAUUGCGGGAGAUAUCGCGAUCCGAAGUACCCAUCAGGCCACAUUUUCCCUGCAGAACGAUUGAAUGGUGUCAAAGAGCCACCUCGAGUAUUAAAACCCCAAGACUUUGAACAGAUGAAUCGUGACAAUGGGAAUCAGUGGAAGCCUCAGAUCGGCUUUGUACGAUCGGAUAAAACCGCGACACUGGGCGAGGGAGGACAUCGAAUGCUGGGACAUCACACCAACGCCAAUAGGAGUCAAGGCCAGUACUCCCACGUGCCACCUCCACAGAAUUCUUAUCAACGCGGGUAUUCCAGUGGAUACCAGACAUCAUCGGGUGGUACCGGGUACAACAGCCAGUCGAGUGGUUAUUCUGGUAAUCGAGGAUACCAGAAUAAUUAUCACUCACAGGGUGGUGGAUCUAAUAGGAGUGGGGGAUAUGGACAGGGAUAUAAAUCUUAUGGGCAUCAAUCCCACAGCUAUCAGCAAGCGAGGAAUCACCCUUAUCAGGGCCACAGGGGCAAUCAUCACAAUUCUGAUAGAGGAGGCUAUCAUUCCAAUCAGCAGAGGAAUCAGCCGAACAAACGCUACGGAGGAGGUGGAGGUGGGGGCUCCAGGAGGAAUUAAUACUCUGUUGAGAGGAUAAUUUGCACAUAAUGAUCGGAUUAUAUUAAACAAUGAUACACCAUGUAUUUUGGAGGGAUUUUAUGUCGCAAUACUGACGAAUCAAUUGACGUUGUAAUCAAGUAGGAAUGACAUUGGACUGUAAAUUUUAGAUGAAAUUUUUAUGAACGAGAGUUUGCUAUUUUCAUGCGCAUAUCAUUGUAUGUGCAAUGUGCAUUAACCUGUAUUCACACAACUUCUGCGAGCGAAUUUCAGAUAUAAAUAUUGUAGAUGUAUCAAUUUCUUGAGAAUUCAUUGGACUUCGAAUGUGUUUAUAUAAUUUGUUAAUUUAUCCACAGCAUUUCAAUUUUUGUCAUAA